AAAUCCCGCGCUACAGCAGGAGGAACGCUUUAGCGCCUGACUCUCCUGUAAAGGUGACCCCAGUGUGAGAAGCAGAGCAACCGAACACUGUAACAUCUUCUCCCGCUGCACCAUGGCUGAACCAAUCCGUGUUCUGGUGACCGGCGCUGCUGGUCAGAUUGCCUACUCUCUGCUCUACAGCAUCGCCAAGGGGGAUGUUUUUGGGAAGGAUCAGCCAAUCAUCUUGGUCCUUUUGGACAUUCCCCCCAUGCUGCCGGUGCUGGAUGGCGUGGUGAUGGAGCUACAGGACUGCGCCCUCCCACUGCUCAGGGAUGUGAUCCCAACUGACAAGGUAGAGGUUGCCUUCAAGGACCUGGAUGCAGCCAUCUUGGUUGGUUCCAUGCCAAGAAAGGAGGGCAUGGAGAGAAAGGACCUGCUGAAGGCCAACGUGGCCAUCUUCAAGGCCCAGGGUACAGCUCUGGACCAGUACGCCAAGAAGACAGUCAAGGUUUUGGUUGUUGGAAACCCUGCAAAUACCAACUGUCUGAUUGCCUCCAAGUCUGCCCCGUCCAUCCCUAAAGAGAAUUUCUCCUGCCUGACCCGUCUGGACCACAACAGAGCCAGCUCCCAGGUGGCAAUCCGCUGUGGCGUCUCCUCUAACAAUGUGAAGAACGUCAUCAUCUGGGGAAACCACUCCUCCACUCAGUACCCUGAUGUCCACCACGCUGCAGUAAUGGUCAAUGGCCAGGAGGUGGCAGCAUAUGAUGCGGUGAAGGACGAUACAUGGCUGCAGGGAGAUUUCAUCUCAACUGUGCAGCAGCGCGGUGCUGCGGUCAUCAAGGCCAGGAAACUGUCCAGUGCCAUGUCAGCUGCCAAGGCUAUCUGUGACCACAUGAGGGACAUUUGGUUUGGAACCAAGGAAGGUGAGUUCAUCUCCAUGGGUGUUCAUGCUGGAGGAAACUCCUAUGGAAUCCCUGAAGACCUCAUCUAUUCCUUCCCAGUCCAGAUCAAAAAUAAGACCUGGAAGGUGGUGGACGGACUGCCCAUCAAUGAUUUCUCCCGCGCCAAGAUGGAUGCCACGGCAGCAGAAUUAGUAGAGGAGCGUAACACUGCCCUUGACUUUCUGUCACUGUGACUUGCUCCACCUGCUGGUCAACAACAACAACAACAGCAGCAUUUACUUAGUCGCUCACAACUCUAAAGAUCAAGCCCUGCUCACCCCUGUGACUGACCACGCUCUCUGGUGAGAGAGGAAAAGAGCGUCUCCUAUGUUUGUAGAAGACAACAAUAGCACAUUUAACCUUUGAUGUUCCCAUUAAAAGCCAACAGAACCAGAA